GAAAGGUUAGGGAAAAAAAGAGAGAGAAAAAAAACUUGUUUCAAGAUGGCGUCUGUGAGCUCCUUGUCCAUUGGAAAACAAUAGAGAUAGCAAAGAGGGAUAAGUUUUGUCGGUUGUUGUUACGUUUCAUUUUUUCGGACUGAAGAAUUCACAGGGCUCAGAGUUCAUGGGUAAAUGUGUCCUGGCACACUUACGGUAUAGAUACAUCGCGGUGAAACUAGACCGACCAUAAACAUGCUUUGUUAACUAUCUUGUUAGCUACAUCCGUAGCUUCAGCGGUAACUGUAUCGUUGUGCUGGACUCUCCGACGAUCAGCUGUGAAACGCUAAAAGUUAACUGUCCGGCGCUUGCUUUUGGAAACUCGCGACGGCUGUAAUCGGAGAAAUGUCGGCGUGGUGUAUUAGGUUGUAGUCGACAAACUUAGUAAAUCGCUGAGCCGGUUUUAAAGUUUGCUCGUUUCUCCAGAAUGAAGCGAGGAAGAGAAUAGUUGUUAGCUUGAUUAAAGCUAUCGGAAUUUCUUUUAUGGAUGUUGGCUACAGCUGGAUGUCUGGCACUGAAUAUUAAACACAUGAAGUUGAAGAACAUGUCGUUGGGCGCUCGAGAGAACUAUCUAGAAAUAUAUAGGUAGAUAGUAAGGCUGAAUCAGUUUAUACUAAACUUUUUUUUGGCUGAAAGUUCAGCUGUCGGUAUUUCGCCUGGUUUCGUGGAGGAUUUCGCCUUUUGCUGGGAUCGUUUGCGUCUGGAAGGGCGAACGGAAUGUGGCGGGGUGGAUGCGGUGGCUUUUUAAACCAGCGAGCAGUUUUUCCGUGCUUAUGAACUUCGAUUUUUUUCGCAGUGGCCCCGACCAGCUGUAGCUCGAUGGCCCUGCUAUCUUAAUUGUCAGAACAACCGUGAUUGUUAGCUGUUGCUGAAAAGUUUUUUUUCCCCCUGAUUUCCCCUCCACCUCCGCCCCCUUAAGAUAUGGCGGUAUUUUCUUUCUGAACUUUUUUGAACACGUUCAUAUUUUACUUUUUAUUUUAUUUUUUACAUUCGACCUGAGAAAGGAGCUCCUUUGCUUUGAAGAAUUUAUUUGCAUCACUGAACGCUGACAGGGCCCUAUUUCUUUUUUAAGUCACUUUUUGUACCUGUCCCCCAUUUUAAUUGAGAUUCUGUGAAUGAAACGGAGUAAACUAUUCGUGGGAAUUAUGGAGGCAGCUGGCUUCCCGUAGGAUAAAGCGGACAAACACCCGCAGACAGGGCAUCCUGGAUUUUUUUUUACCGCAUUAUAAUUGGUGAAUUAAGUGCGUCGGCUUUAUCACACAUUUCUAUGCGUAUUGAUGAUGGCGGAUUAUGCUGGGCCGCCGCGACACAGCGCGGUGAUGGAGCGGCUCCGGCGCAGGAUAGAGCUCUUCAGGCGGCAUCACAGCAACUGCGAAAGCCGCUACGACAGGACGGCGCUGGAGCGCCUGGAUAUGGACAGGCAGCAAACCUUCGCGCUGCAUCAGCGCUGUCUGCAGUCCAAGGCCAAGCGAUCAAACAAACACCGGCAGAGUCAACCGGCGUCCGAGCAGGCGGCGCUGAGAGCGGCCGGGCACGGAGGUGGUAACGCUGACGGGGACGCCGGCACCGGGGAGCAAAGCAGGAACGACGCUCGAAUCGCGCUACAGGAGACGGUGAAGCGGAAGCAAGAGAGCACGAGCUCUCCCAUCAGCGGGGAGGUAAAUGGAUUCGGGGAUGGAUACUCUAAAUCAAAACAAGUAUGUUUGGAAGAGAGUCGCCAAGGGGUCAACGGCACUGGCAAUGGAGCAGUCCCACCGCGGUCACCCCUUGACACUAAGCAUGGAAUUAACAUUGAACCACUGCCCAACGGCACCUGCUCCCAGGGGGCUGAGCAGAAUGUUGGCAGGAUCUCCGAUUCAGUGCUGCCCCCUCGAGACUUCAAGUUGAAGCAGGAACCCAUGGAUGACAUCUUGACUCCUAUUCACCCUGGUGGCUCCCCGAAUGACUUGCUCCCCGACCUAAACCUCAAUGAGCAGGAGUGGCGGGAGCUAAUGGAGGAGUUCAACCGAUCAGUUCCCUAUGAGGACAUUCAGGACAUCUUCAAGGAUGGCUUCGACGAGCGCAAGGACCCAGAGCUGGCCACUCCCAACUCUCUUCCGCAAACGCCCCUAGCCCCGGAGCAGGUAAACAUUAAAGUGGAGUUUUCCCCUGCCUCUGUGGCUUUUGAUCCAGAACCCCGCACGGUUUCCCCCCAGGUGAGACCCACGUCUGGUGGGCCAGCCAUGCACACCAGCUCCCCUGUUACUUGUCCCAGCAACAGCACAGUGCCCUCUUCGGCCAUGCCUGUGUCCCAGCCUGUGAGACAGCUGCCCCAGAGCCUUCAGAUUCCUGGACCAUCUUCCAAAGACCGGUCUCAUGCACAGCACCUACAGCAGCUGGCUGCAAGAGAGCAGCAGAGGACUCAGCUCAUGCAACAGGCACAGCAGCAGCAGGUGACUAAAUAUCACCCUCCUAACCACCAAACCAAUCACCAAGCAGGUUGGACUCAGACUGUGCCGUCCCCGAGCCAGCUGGCUGGUGCCUACACCAUGGAGAAACCAAAUAGCCCUGCCCUCUACCAGCAGGACAUUUCCAACCCCAAGCAACUGAUGAUGCCUAAUCCACCUCACAAAAACUCCCCCAAAGGUGCUGAGAGCUACCCUCCAGCUGCAGGACAUUCUGUUCCUGGCCAGCCCCCUCUCCUGGACUAUAACAACACCAGGCCAUUGUCUCACUUCCAUGGGAGCCGUGGCCCUUCAGCAGCUCCCCUGGCCACACCACAACAGAACAAGGCGGCCCUCCUGUCCAAGCCGAAGGCGGGACUGCCGUUCCGCUCUCAUCUCAGCCCUGCCCAGCAGGAGCAGAGCCCAUAUCCACCAGCGUCUCAUGUGCCAUGUGGGACAUCCCAGCCUCCUGGCAGCGCCUUGCCAGGGAGCCAUAAUAACUCGGCAUACCCAAAUGUAUCCCUGGAACCACGUAAACAGUUCCUGAGCCAUCAACAACUCAUGCAGAACCAACAGAUGCAAAGACACCUGACACGCCCACCACCUCAGUACCAGGACCAGAGCUGUCAGAACCCUUUCCAACAGCAACAGGUUGCCCAGUUUGCAGGGUCUUCUCAGAAGCUGAAUAGCAUGGGCCCAACCCCGGGGACACAGCGAAUGUUCCCUGGGGUUAUGGGGAUGGCCGUAGGGGAGAACGGAGGCCCAUCCUCUGCGGCUCCUUCCACACCGACGCUAGGAGAAAUGAACCUGCCCUCAUGUGUUGCUGGAGGGCUCGACAAUAUGCGAGCUCCUUACGGCAUGAAUCCUCAUUCUGGGCAGGCAGGUGCAGUCAACUCUACACCCCUGCACAGGCAGCCUGCUGGCCCACUGGCUGUCACUUACAGGCAACAGCAUAUGGCUCGCAUGCCCACAUCUAUGCCAAACCCCAUAGGUAAUGGGAUGGUAAAUUCCAUGCCCAACAGCAUAUCCACCUCGAUGCCUAGCUCGGUGCCCAACGGCAUGCCAAACACCUUGCCUAAUACUAUGCCUAGCUCCAUGCCUAAUCCUAUGCCCAGGGGCAUGCCCACUUCCAUGCCCAGCUCAAUGCCUACGCAGACGCAGCCUUGGCAAGCCCACUCUAGUAUGCAGCAAGCCCUGGGGCAACAGGCCCCCGGUGGCAGUGGGAGCAUGCAGGCCUUCAGUGGCCCUAACUACCGCAUGCAGCCCCGGCUUCCUAAACUGCCCAACAACUCGCCCUUUGCCCAGGCCGGGCUGAACAGCAACCGAGCCCAUUCCACUGUAAACUCCCCUCAAAUGAUGGCCUCCCUUUCACAGCAGAGGGCUAACCCUGCCCUUGGCCCACAGCCCCAUCCCCGACCUUUAGGCCCUCCCUCCCAGCACCAGCAGCAGCAGCAGCAAGUGCUGCCUGGCAUUAGUGUACCCAUGCCUGACAUGACCGGCUUUGUCCAGAAUCAAGGCAACCAGGUCGGCAACCGCCCAAGCCUGCAGUGUAGCCAAGGCUACCAGGUGAACAGGACUGCCAAUCACGAACUGGCAUUCGCAUUCAAUGACCAAGCAGGGGUCAGUUUACCGAGCUUCCCUGAAGAAAGCGACCUUGUGGAUUCCCUGCUGAAGGGCCCCGCGACACAGGAAUGGAUGGACGAUCUCGAUGAGCUAUUGGCCAGUCACCAAUGAGUUGCUAAGUUUCCGGCCUGGUAUCCAGCUCUUCUUUUACUCAUGAGAUAUAUAAUCACUUGAAUGCACAAGGCUGAAUCCCUGUAAAAUUUUCAGUGUUCUCAGGACUGGAAAUCUAAGGAUAAAUGAUCAGCUAUUAUGGCUCGGUUGUACGUCAUUAAUGCCCUUCAGAGCAUAAGGAUGAACAAAAGCUGCCAUAUAUAUAUAUAUAUAUAUAAUACAUAUAUGUAUGUAUACGCAUAUAUAAAAAUGUUUUGUAUGUAUGCCUUUCCUGUUUGGGAGAUAUAGAUCUUAUUUUUAUAUGUACAUUUAUGUGGACUUUUGUAAGUAUUUUCUACUUUUUAAAAGGUCUGUAAACUGAGUGAUGUAUGUAAAUAUAGAUAUUUAGGAA